AUGAGUGUCUUAAAAAUUUCAAAGAAGUUGGAAGAUAAAUCUUCUGAUUUUGAUGAGAUCAUUAAUACUAUUAUGUCGACGGAAGAACGAACAAGUCUUUCAGAUGCAUUUAGAAAUUUAUGUAAAAUUCGAGAAGAAGCUUUUGAAGAGUUCAACGAUAUAAUUGAUGAAAAAAAUAGGACUAUUGAAGCAUUGAUCAAUACAAAUAAUAUAUUAUCUACUGAAUCCAAUGGUGAAACUAUGAAGGCUAUUGCCGCGAUGUGGAAAACCA